AUGGAUAACCAACUUAGCCAGCUUGAAAGCGUUAAUGAUACAAUCAGGGCACUCGCGCAGAAGAUAUCGAGCAAGGAGGUAGAGCUGAGGGGUCUGAAGGAGGAAUACGCCACCAAAAUUGGUGUUCUGGAUGGAUAUCUCAAUAAGCUGAAAAAUUCUGGAAUAUUGCAAGAAGGUGAUAAUACACUGGAAGAUUUUAAUCCUUUGCAGCCCAUGAAGUGUCCGAACUGCGACCAUGUGCUAUACAACAAUACCGACGAAUCAAAAUACGUUCUUCUACCAAACAGAACGAAAUCAAACACAAUAACUACAACUCAAUCACCAGAAAACUCUACAAAACAUGCACAGCUAUCCAAGUCUCGGAAAUCCAAGAAGCUGACAUGUUCCCAUUGUUUAAAACAAGGACACAAACGAGCGCAGUGUCCUGAGAUUUUGUAUGGAAAAUCCGGUUAA